AUGUCAAAUUUCGAAUUGCUGAAAGUCUUGGGAACCGGAGCUUACGGCAAAGUUUUUCUCGUUCGUAAAAGAGGCGGCGUCGACGAUGGACGAUUGUACGCCAUGAAAGUCCUUAAAAAAGCUACAAUCGUACAAAAAAGAAAGACAACCGAGCACACAAAGACUGAGCGACAAGUUUUGGAAGCGGUUCGACAGUCGCCAUUUUUAGUUACCCUCCAUUACGCCUUUCAAACGGAAGCAAAGCUUCACCUAAUAUUGGAUUACGUGAGCGGCGGUGAAUUGUUCACGCAUUUGUAUCAGAGAGAACAUUUCACGGAAGAUCAAGUCAGGAUAUACAUAGGAGAAAUAAUAUUGGCACUCGGUCACUUGCAUAAGCUUGGCAUAAUAUAUAGAGACAUAAAAUUGGAAAACAUACUUUUGGAUUCUCAAGGGCACAUUGUACUCACAGAUUUUGGUCUUAGUAAAGAGUUCCUACCUCACGAAAAGGAUCAGAGAGCUUAUUCAUUUUGUGGAACAAUAGAGUAUAUGGCUCCAGAAGUGGUUCGAGGGAACAACGGUCACGAUAUUGCUGUAGAUUGGUGGAGCGUCGGAGUUUUGACCUAUGAACUAUUGACAGGAGCCUCACCUUUUACCGUAGAGGGUGAAAAAAAUACACAGCAAGAAAUUUCUAGGCGGAUUUUAAACGUGAAUCCUCCGAUGCCUCCGGGAUUUUCACCCGAAGUCGCGGAUUUCAUAAGCAGGCUUUUGGUAAAGAAUCCUAGGAAGAGAUUGGGCGGUGGCGAAGAUGAUGCCGAAGAACUGAAAAGACAUCAAUUUUUUGCGGGUACGGAUUGGACUGAAUUGGCAAGGAAAAACAUACCCGCACCGUUUGUUCCAAAGAUCUCGAACGAAUUAGACGUGAGUAAUUUUUCCGAAGAGUUUACAAAAAUGACUCCGACGGAUUCUCCAGCAAUAGUUCCUCCAAAUUACGAUAAAAUAUUCAAGGGAUAUUCGUAUGUCGCACCGAGCGUUCUGUUCAGCGAAAACGUCGUGAGCGAAGACAUAUUUAAUAUCGCCGACAGGAGACCGAGCCUGGCUAAUUUGAUUGCGGAAAAAUUUAAGGAUUCGCCCUUUUUUCAAAAUUACGAUAUAAAUUUAAAAGAGGGAAUACUCGGAGACGGUAGUUUUUCCGUUUGUCGUAAAUGCGUUCACCGUCGAACGGGUCAGGAAUAUGCUGUGAAAAUAGUUACGAGACGUUUGGACUGCACACACGAAAUAAAUCUUUUGAGGACGUGUCAGGGUCAUCCGAACAUCGUGAACCUUCACGAGGUUUACUUCGACGAGGCUCAUACUUACAUAGUUUUGGAAUUGUUACGCGGCGGAGAACUUUUGGAAAGGAUAAGGAGAAAGGACAGGUUUACGGAAUCGGAAGCGAGUCAAAUAAUGAGAAAACUCGUGUCCGCCGUGAGUUUUAUGCAUUCCCAUGGCGUCGUUCACCGCGAUCUCAAACCGGAAAAUCUCCUUUUCACCGACGAUUCAGACACUGCCGAAAUAAAAAUAGUCGAUUUUGGUUUUGCAAGAAAACACGAAGAAGAAUCCAUGCACACGCCUUGUUUUACGCUUUUAUAUGCCGCGCCGGAAGUUUUGAAACAAGCGUUCAACAGAGAAGAAGAUGGCUACGAUGAAAACUGUGAUUUAUGGAGUCUCGGAGUUAUAUUGUACACAAUGCUCAGCGGAAGAGUGCCUUUUCAUGCAAGGUCUAGAGACGACAGCGCCGCUGCUGUCAUGUGCAGAAUAAAAGGUGGAGAAUUUAAUUUUCAAGACGAAGCUUGGGGACCCGUUUCGAAUCAAGCAAAAUCUUUAACCAAAGGAUUGUUGACUGUCGAUCCAAAGCAAAGACUUCAAAUGAAAGAUCUUUUAGAAAACGAAUGGCUUCAGGGUAGCAACACUUCGGUGUAUCCGACGACGCCGUUAAUGACUCCAGACGUUCUUACAACAGGUUCGUCAGCGAGAUCGGCGGAAAUCGGCGUAAAAAAGACUUUCAAAGCAUUCCAUCAAGCACACAAGGAGGGAUUUCGACUCCAGGAUGUCGUCAAUGCGAAAUUGGCUCAGAGGCGACGAAUGAAAAAAUCAACGGACGUACGAAGUUGUUCGUCGUCGUCGAGUUUUUCGACUUCGAGUUCAUCGGGUACCUCUUCCAUAAAAAUGCCAACGAAAGUGAGUCAAUCGGGUUCGGUGUGUUCGGUCGGGAGUUCGAAUCGUGCUCAUUCAAACAAUACAACAAACGUUUUUAAUUUUAACGCGAAACGUGUCGAAGAAUACCUGUCGAGUUUGUCGUCGUCGUCGUCGAGCGAAGACUCAUCGAUUGCACACGUAUUCGAAUCCGGUGGAAAUUUCGCCGGGAAAAUAUCGUAUAAUAACAACGAUGGCGGCGGCGGUGGCGGUUGCGAAACUCCGAUUCAGUUGAGUCUUCCGUUGUUGAAAGAAUCGCGAAAGAGAAAAUUAUGUCACGAAUCCGGGGAUUCGUACGGGUUUCAUAAAAAAAAUUUAAAUUCGAAUCCGACGCAAAAACUUUCUGCCGCCGCCACGGGGUCCGCCGCUGCCACCGCGUCCGUCGCGGCGGUUUCGUCGAAAUCGAAACGUGAUAAAAAACUCAGAGGAGGAGACUUUAUUGAAACAAGUGAAAAGAGAAAAAUUGAGUCUAAUCAUUGUGACCAAAGAAUUAAUAAUAAUAAUAAUGUUAAUAGUAAUAAUAAUAAUAAUAAUAAUAAAACGGAUGAGAUGCCUGUGAUUAUGACAAUUAAAUGUGAUACUACCAAGAUAGGAGACAGCGUGCCUUCCAUGGGUCCCAUGACGAGAUCCAAGAAAAGAAAAUUAGAAUCGGAUGCGAACGCGUCCGAUCGAAGCGACGACGAACAUCAACAAAAUUCUCAACACCACCACAAUUACCACCAACACCACAGUCAUCACCACCAUCAACACCAUCAGCACCACCACCACCAUCAUAGUCAACCGAAAAGAAAUCGUUACGGUAAAGAAAGAAAUCGGAGGAAAGUUGUUGGGAAAAAAACUUGUUCGACGGGUCAUAACGUCAACGAAUGA